AUGCCUCGUAACUAUAAGCCCGAUCCACGGGGUAAGCAAUAUCGAAAAUAUGACCAGGAGACAAUUCAACAAGCUUUGGAAGAGUUUGAUACUACACCAAACUGCUCAUUAGCCUCUAUCGCAAAUAAAGAUAAUAUUAACAAAUCGGUGCUAUACCGACACAGUAGAAAAAUUAUGAAAACACAAGGUGGUCAAAAUGCCUUAGAUGACGACACAGAACGCCACAUCGUCAAUUAUAUAAAUAUUUGCGGCAGUUGGGGUUAUCCUUUAGACACUUACGAUUUAAGAGUUCUAAUUAAAAUGUAUUUGGAUAAUUUAGGCAUCACACACAGGCGCUUUAAAAAUAAUAUGCCUGAACCCGAUUAUGACGCAAGAUUUUUAAAAAGGCAUAAAGAUACCAUUUCUUUGAGAAUCUGUCAAAAUAUAAAAAAGUCGAGGGCUCAAGUUUCACCCGAAACAAUUAAAGAAUACUUUGACGAAUUAGAGAUAUCCCUUAAAGAAAUAGAUCCAAAAACUACGACGAAACGAACCUCGGUGAUGACCCCGGACGUAAAAAGGUUAUAG